UAGAAAAUUCUCAAACUUUUAUUCGUAAUUUUUAUCUUUAUUUAUUAUAUUCUAUAAGAAUAAUAAAUCAAUAAUAUAUUUUUUAUAAUUGUUGAACAUGAUUAUUUUCAACUUAUUUCAACAUGGUAUAACUGCAUCAGCUUUCAGAGGAUAAAUUCAAUUUCUCGUGUGUGGAUUGUAGAAUGAAAGUUUGAUAUGUUGAAGUUAUAAUUUUUAUAGAUAAAAAUGGCUGGUGAAAAAGUGAAUCUGGUGAAUAUAAAAAAGUGGAGUGAUGAGGGGAAAUUGUUGAUUGAUAAGUGUAUGGAAUGGGGGAUUUUGAAGCGUGUUAUAGUUUGUUCAGCUUGUGGUCGGGAUGAAUGUAAAAUGACAUUACGGAAGUGUAAUUCUGAAACAGACGGCUAUAAAUGGUAUUGCAAUAAUUACAGAUCUGAGAACAAGAAGAAAAGGAAAAGAUGUGGUUAUUCUGUGAAUCUUAGACGAGGAACUUUUUUUGAAAAGUCAAAACUUCCGUUGUGGAAAAUUAUAGGUUUCAUAUAUUUGUGGACAAAAAAUGUAGCCGCAAAAGUGAUCAUUGAUGAGUUGGGCAUUUCAAAUCGGACAGUUGUUGACUGGAGUUCAUUCUGUCGGGAAGUGACUUUUGAUUUUGCAGUAGUGAGAAAGAAAAAAAUUGGAGGACCUGGAAGAAAAGUUCAAAUUGAUGAGAGUAAAUUUGGAAAGAGAAAAUAUAAUCGGGGGCGGGCUGUUGAGGGUCAGUGGGUGUUUGGAGGCAUCGAUGAGCUUUCUGGAGAGGUUUUCAUGGUGGCUGUUGAGAACCGGUCAUCAGAUACCCUGAUACCUAUUAUCAAAGAGUACAUCAAACCGGGCUCAACAAUCGUGUCGGACUAUUGGAAAGCUUAUGAUUGUUUGAAAGAAGAAGGCUUUGAGCACUUGAAAGUGAAUCACAAAAUGAAUUUUGUUGACCCACUUUCAGGUGCUCACACAAACAAGAUCGAAGCUUCUUGGGGCGCGGCAAAGGCAACUUUGCCACGCUUCCACAGGAAGAAAGCUUUCUUUCCUGGCUAUUUAUCAAAGUAUGUAUUUAUGAAAUCAUGCAAAUUGAGGAAAGUUGACUGCUUUACUGAGUUCUGUAAGGAAGCAGGAAAUUUAUAUGACCCUGCAAAGCCAAAAGAUGGGGAAACCGAUGAUACUGAUGAAACUGACGAUUUGGAUUUGGAUGAUAUGAACUGAUUAGUAUAAGAACAAAAAUUGUGGAGAAUAACCAAAAUUUAAGGCGUUUUAUAACAGGUUUCCAGUAACACAGAGUAGCCUAUUCAUUUCAAUUUUACAAUCAUAAUAUUGAUCAAAAUCUUCAUUAUCAUCAGUCAUCGGUUUCUCCUUUGGGGUCAUAUCUAGAUCCUGCUUCGUUGCAUAAAACAGUAGAGCACUUUCCCUAUCUACAAAAUGCAUGAUUUUGUUGAUAUAUAUUUUGACAAAUAGUUAAUGUGGAAGCCUCUUACUUCAAACAAUCAUAUUCUUCCCAUAAGACCAACACCUGUUCCACCUUCAACACAAAUCUGAACCAUCCUUAAAGCCACAUGAUGCUCCUCCCUCCCAUUCUUGAAACCCUUUCUCAUAAUAAUAGGCUAUAAUUCGGUGCUUUAUGCUUAUAAAUUCAAAUUUUUUAGCUCAUAUAUAUUUUGGACAAAAAUUGAACAUAAACUUUCAACAUUAAAUAGA